GCUUGCGAAACCUCUCCGCUCGGACUUGACCAUUCCUCAUUGUGAAAGCUACCUUUUCAAGUAGCGACACUGGCGGUCACUAUAUGUGGAAGGAUAUCUGCAGAAUCCGCGACCAGCAGGUAUCAUUAGCGCAGGGUAUGCCUUUAAUACCCUACAAACGUUGGAUCUAUCAACUAUGGGAUUCAGUGGUAUCAAGGUACUCAAUAGGACAACUUUCUUUCGAAGAAGACAAGCUCGCUGUCCUUGCAGGUAUCGCAACCUAUGUCGAGGAGCUACUGCAAGACGAAUAUCUGGUGGGGAUGUGGCGAAAUGAUCUGGCUCGUCAAAUGUGUUGGUCAGUGUCGACUCCGGAUCUCUGCACUCGUCGAUUGGCAUACAUCGCCCCAACCUGGUCCUGGCUGACUUUGAAUGACAGCCGUAUUUCAAUGCCCGACCCUGAGAGUGCCGUUUUUUUUGUAGAUAUUCUGGACGCCCAGGUCAUAUCGCAACCGAACGAUCGAGAGACGUCCUCGAAAGCUCGUGUUGUGGCAGGCUUUCUAGAUGUCGCUUGCUUUUUGGUGCCCGGUGUGCUUAGAUUCAAGAACGUCACUUGGGGGCCGGGCUACAAAAUUACUGUGAAAGGAGGUCCCGAUCUCAAUUUCCUACAUGCCGAGGUUGACCUCGACAUACACCGGCACCAGACUAGGGACGUUUGGCUCAUGCCGGCUCUCGGAGGCGACAACGUAACAGGACUCAUCCUCGAAAGACGGAACGAAGACCAGGGGGCAUUUCGACGACUGGGCCGCUUUUGUCUGUUUAUAAGCGAUAUAUCUGAGGAAACUACUGCGUUCAUCCGCUUUUGGCAAAUUGCGCUUGAUUCUAUUCCUGGGGAGACAGGGACGAUUGCAACAGAGAGCCAGGAACUCUGGAAAUCACAGGAACCUCUUCGCGAAAUCCUUGCCCCGUGCUGCAAAACCACGGGUACAUAUAAGAAUGGAGAUGAUGUGACUGAGCCAGACGAUGGUGUGUGGUUUUUGAAUCUCAGUCACGUUGUCCAGGAAGUAUCUCCAGAUGUUCCAUCCGAGAUGGAGGAAGACGAAGAGACGAGCGAAGACAAACAGUCAGGUAAAAGCGACAAAGACAACAAUUAUUGUUCUAAGUGGUACAAAAAGUACGACGGAGUGUCUAGAUUGAAGAUUCGAAUUAUAUAACAUCGUCUUUGGCAGCUGCAGAGUGAGAGGGUAUAGUAAAUCUUCCUUGGAUUAUCUCGGAUACUUAGAUAUUACCUCUCCUCAGAUCAACGGUCAUCAUGUAUUGCGAUCUACAGUCACAUAAUUGAGAUAUUGAUUACACGUGCACUGUAUUUGAGAACACCGAAAACAAAUUUUGUUCCGCACGAGGCUGAUGAAAAUACAUACCUGCUCAAGG